UGAUGAUGAUUUUGUGUUUGAUGAUUUCGUGUUUGAUGAUUUUGUGUUUGAUGAUGAUUUUGUGUUUGAUGAUUUUGUGUUUGAUGAUGAUUUUGUGUUUGAUGAUUUCAUGUUUGAUGAUUUUGUGUUUGAUGAUGAUUUUGUGUUUGAUGAUUUCGUGUUUGAUGAUUUUGUGUUUGAUGAUGAUUUUGUGUUUGAUGAUUUUGUGUUUGAUGAUGAUUUUGUGUUUGAUGAUUUCGUGUUUGAUGAUUUUGUGAUUUUGAUGAUGAUUUUGUGUUUGAUGAAUUUGUGUUUAAUGAUUUCGUGUAUGAUGAUUGUGUUGCAGUUGGCUCGGCGGUAUGGGGAUGUGUUCAGUCUGUAUAUCGGCAGGAAGCCGGCGGUGGUGCUAUACGGGCUGCGGGCGGUGAAGGAGGCGCUGGUGGUUCGGGGGGUGGAUUUCGCCGGCAGACCUCAGGGGCUCAUGCUGAACCACGUCACCGAGAACAAGGGUCUGAUUAUGGCUAAUUAUGGUUCAGUUUGGAAGGAGCACAGAAGGUUUGCUCUGAUGAGUCUGAAGAACUUCGGUUUGGGGAGGCAGUUUAUGGAGGAGAGAAUUCUGCAGGAGACCAAACACAUCUGCCAACAUCUGCAGAACAGAUCAGGAAAUCUGGUAGAUCCUCAGCCCGUGAUCCACAGCGCUGCGUCCAACAUCAUCAGCUCCAUAUUGUUCGGGACUCGAUAUGAAUAUGAUGAUGAAGUUCUCGCUUUUAUCAUCAACAGCUUUAAAGAAAACGCCAGGAAAGCUAACAGCGCGUGGGCCGUGAUUUAUGAUUCCUUUCCUUUCCUGAGGCACCUGCCGCUGCCGUUUCGGAAAGUGUUUGAGAACUAUGAGGCUCUGAAAUCUCACACCAGGAGGAUCAUCGCCGAUCACAAGAAGAGCAGGACCUCCGGAGAACCGCGGGACAUCAUCGACUGCUACCUCGAUGAAAUGGAAAAGGCGGAUGAGGACACCUCGCUGGACGAGGACAGAUUAGUGAUGUUCCUGCUGGAUCUUCAUUUUGCUGGAACAGACACCACGUCCAACACCGUCCUCACCGCUCUGCUGUACCUCGCCGUGUACAGAGAUAUACAGGCUCUCUGCCAGCAGGAGAUCGACGCUGUACUGCAGGAUAAAGAGCAGGUCUCGUUUGAGGACAGGCAGCAGAUGCCGUUUGUGCAGGCCACCAUCCACGAGCUCCAGCGCCUGGCCAACAUCGCGCCGCUGGGCGUCUUCCAUUCCACCACCAGGAACACGCAGCUAAUGGGCUACGACGUCCCGGAGGGCACGCUGGUGAUUACCAACCUUACAUCUGUUCUGUUUGAGCGCAGUCAGUGGGCACAACCUAAUCACUUCAACCCCUCACACUUCCUGAACCAGCGAGGGGAAUUCAUGAAGCCUGAGGCCUUCCUGGCCUUCUCUGCAGGUCCUCGAGUGUGUCUGGGUGAAGCUCUGGCCCGGAUGGAGCUGUUUCUGAUUCUGGUCACGCUCCUCCGCCGCUUUCACUUGGCGUGGCCCGAGGCCUGCGGGGGUCCCGACCUCCGGCCCGUGUUCGGGGGGAUACAGGCUCCCAGGCCCUACAGCAUCACUGUCACACCGCGGAGAUACCACGGCAACCACGGGGCUUCUGCUGGACACGCCAGCUGAAUUUAAAUCAUAGAGAACUCUGCGUUUUUCUAUUCUGUGAUGGUUAAUAAGUGAGUGUGAGAGAGAGCCUACACUUCAGCAUAAAUAAAAACUCUGUAAGGGUGAUGCUGUAUUAUAUCACUUAAUAAAACUACUAAUGCAUCACCAGGCUCUGUAAACUUUAUCAAGUUAUUAAU